AUGGACGAGAGAACCGCUAAGCCUAACCCCGAACAAAGGACCGACAUGUGCCUAGCACGUGUCGCCGUCAAGGUGCCGCCAUUUUGGAAGCCGGACCCCUGCAUUUGGUUCCUUCAGUUCGAGGCCCAAUUUCGAAACGCCGGAAUAUCGUCGGAUCAAACAAAAUUCGAUACCGUCGUCAGUUACAUCGACGCGGAAAUUCUCACGCAAGUUUCGGACAUUUUACUCAGUCCCCUUGGUUGGGGGAAAUACGAACUUAUCAAAGAACGGUUGAUCUCCGCUUUCGCAGACAGUGAGACCCAGCGCACCAAAAAACUACUGACUGAAAUGGAACUCGGCGACCGCAAACCCUCCCAACUACUCUGCGAAAUGCGUAACCUGGCUGACGAAAAAAUCGGCGAGAAUUUUUGA